CACUGAAUGUACAGGAGGCUGCGCAUGCGCGGUGUGCACUCCCUUCACUUUCUGUGCCCUCUUCUGGAAAUAGGAGCAGAUCCCAGAGGUGAGACCCACACCUAAUCUGACAUUUAUGGCAUAUCCUAUUGAGAUGGGACAUUCCCUUUUCAACGCCUUUCGGACCCCCUUUUUAUCUUUAUUUUUUUAUUGCUUUACAUGAACUUCGAACAAAAAAAUUAAAUCUCUGUUUGUAAUAGUUUUUUUGGGAAAAAUUUGCACCAUUUGGCUUUUGCAGCUUCUAUGUUUUCACGCGAUCUAGCAUGCUGCAGGAAGCCGUCCUGUGAUAAAUCUGUCUGCGAGUUUGUGGGCGAUCUCCAGGCCCUCUCCGCUGAACGGACUUCUAAGAUAAUUUAUGCGCCAAUCACAGUUCAGCUUGGAUUUGGGCAUACAUCAGCUCGAGUUUAAUGAAGCAGUGCUCAAGCGCGGACCCCACGCUCCCUUAGAGGUGAUGGGGCUGAUGGUGGCAGCUGAGUACAAUGCUUGGCUGGUUCUGUUGGCCCCAUAGACACUGAAUGGAGUGGACCACAAGAUCCCAGGUCUCCCACCAGUCUCUACGUCCUCUUAAUAAAAAGGAAAUGGUCACUCGGCCAAUCACAGUAAAGCGUUGGAAUAGGACUUAUAGGGGAUCCGUCUCCUUGAAGAAUGGUGGGGUAUGACCCUGGCUCAGAGGGUCUUCUUUCUACGACUGAAGUGGCUGCCGCAGGUUCUCUUUCUGGACUGUUCACAAGGGCGGCCAUAAGCCCCCUGGAUGUCAUUAAAAUUCGCUUCCAGCUUCAAAUUGAAGAUCUGAGAGGCCGGGGCAAGUACAGGGGCAUUCUCCAUGCUGUCAGGGUGAUUCUAAAGGAGGAAGGCUUACCCGGAUUCUGGAAGGGGCAUGUUCCGGCUCAGCUCUUGUCUGUGUGUUACGGGGCUGUACAGUUUGCAACCUUUGAGGUGUUAACUAAAACAAUUCACACUUCCUCCUCUCUUGAUGCCCGUGCUCCAGUAGUGCACUUUUUUUGUGGCGGGCUGGCCGCCUGCUCAGCGACCCUGACCGUCCAGCCUUUAGACACCCUGAGGACACGUUUUGCAGCCCAAGGAGAGCCCAAGGUGUAUAGGACCUUGCGCUCUGCCGUCGUCACUAUGUACAGGACAGAAGGAGUGUUCACCUUCUACCGUGGCCUCUUCCCCACCUUGCUGGCUGUUUUCCCGUAUGCCGGUCUUCAGUUCUCCUCCUACAAUUUAUUACAGAGAAUCUGGAAUUGGCUGCUACUUAGCAACCGGGAUAAAAGAGACAACCUGAAGAGCCUCCUGUGCGGCAGCGGAGCCGGAGUUAUCAGUAAAACCGUUACAUAUCCACUUGAUCUCUUUAAGAAAAGACUUCAGGUCGGAGGUUUUGAGCAGGCGAGAGCGGCCUUUGGGGAGGUCAGGACCUACCAAGGGCUUGUGGACUGUGCUUGCCGUAUCCAGAAAGAAGAAGGUCUUAGAGGCUUUUAUAAGGGACUGUCUCCAAGUUUGUUGAAAGCUGCUGUGUCAACCGGACUCACCUUCUUCAGCUACGAGAUGUUCUGCAGUAUGUUCAGGAGCAUGAAAAAGACAAAACAUAAUCUGAAAAGGCAAAUGUAGGGGAUGGCCCCCACCACACACUCACUCCGCCAUGUACCUCAUGUGCUGUACAAGUUCAUGUUUUUUUUUUUUAUAUAUAUAUUUUUAUUUUAUUUUAUCCAUGGACAAGCAGAUGCACCUCAUUCAGGUAACUCCAUUGAGAGGAAAGGUUUGCACAAAGCAGGUCUUUUACUAAAAGGAGGAAAGAAAACCAUUGUGUUAUGUAUGUACAUUAUGACAUUAUUAUUAGGUAUACUAUAGUAUAUAACAUAGGAUUUAUAUUUAUGUGUGGUCUUCAGUACUAUUUCAGGUAUUUAUUACAGUGGGUGCCAAUUCUCUGCCCUAACAAUAAGGCUAGGGCAACAUCGUGCGACAUGAAUUGCCUCGACAUCACAUCUAAUGAUUGUCAGUGUAGUCCCGUUAGGGCACUCCCGAAAAUCCAAACCUAAGGAACGUUUGGAUGGCAGCAGUGGCUCGAUAGUUAAAGUGGUUUUCCACAAAUAGGAUAUUGAUGUCCUGUCCUAAGGAUAGGUCAUCAAUAUCAGAUUAGUGGGGGGCUGACACCUGGUACCACCACUGAUCAGCUGCCGGCGCUGGAAGCAAAGUUAUGUCCACCGUGUAGUGGCCGUGCCUGCGUUUUUAUGCGCGUUUUUUGUAAUAGUAAACACGCGUUUGACGCGCGUUUGUGUGAUUGACUGCAGUGUCCUAUGGCCACAAACGCGCGUCAAAACGCCCCAA